AUGGUAGCCCGAAAUGAAGAAGGUGAAAACUUUGCAUUUACAUCAGUCUCCUUUCUACGUCGUCAAACAGACAGGUUCUUUGGCGCUUCUUCCAGUGUUAUACCCAGGAGGUUGGGAACAUUGGAGAACAUCGUGCCACUUGGCUGUGGUUGGGGUGUAUGCAGAGACAAAGGAGUCCACGCUGGAAACAGCAUGCCAAGGAAGUGCCAAGGCUUAAUCAGAGCCAUCAACCUGGAAUCAGCACCAGGGAAAGACAGGGUAGCCAGCUGUAAGCCAAGGCGGCUACCGUCGGCGCUCCUGACCCGCGACGCGCGAGCCCCUGUCUCUUAUACACAUCUAGAUGUGUAUAAGAGACAGCCGCUGGUGGUGGCGGCGGCCGCGCCUGAGGAGAGGAAAGGGAAGGAGCCGGAGCGCGAGAAGCUGCCGCCCAUCGUAUCGGCUGGCGCCGGCGCGACCGCGGGUUUGGACAGAGGAGCCAAAGGCCAAAUUUCCACUUUCAGCAGUUUUAUUUCAGCUAUUAGCCCGAAGAAAGAAGCCGCUGAAAACAGAAGUUCACCUGCACAUCUUGUUUUCCCUAACAUCAAGAAUGUGAGAGACCAACCACCAAUUUGCCUUGAUGUUAGACAAAAACAGCGUGUAUCUAUGGAUGCAUCAUCAUCCGAAAUGAAGGCCCCAGUCCUUCCAGAACCUAUUCUUCCUAUCCAGCCCAAAACUAUGAAAGACUUUCAGGAAGAUGUAGAAAAAGUUAAGUCAUCAGGAGAUUGGAAAGCAGUACAUGAUUUUUAUCUAACAACAUUUGAUUCUUUCCCAGAAUUAAAUGCUGCAUUUAAGAAAGAUGCCACUGCCUCAUUUAACACCAUUGAAGACUCUGGGAUUAAUGCUAAAUUUGUGAAUGCUGUGUAUGAUACCUUACUUAAUACUGUAAGUAUUAUGACAUGCAAGUAAUAUUAUUCUGUCUCUUCUGUAUUUCAAAAGCAGCCACACAAAUAUUAUAAAAAUCUCCUUAUAACAUAAUUACUUUAGAAAUUCUGAUACAAUUUUAUAGUAAAUGUAGCUAGAAUUCUCAGAAAGUUAGAUUAUUUUAUUGUUUCAUUUUUCAAUUAUGAAUUAAGCAGCAAGUACUUUUAUAUCCAGUCCUUUUUUAGAAAGACUUGCUAAAAUCAUGCUUUACUUACUCAGCAAAAGGAAGUGAGUUACUUAAUUAUAUUGGAAUUGCACUGAAUCUGUAGAUCAGUAGUUCUUAAACAUUAGCCUAUAUCAGAAUCACAAGAAGGUCUUGUUAAAAUACAGAAUUUCAGAUUCAGUAGGUCUUGGGUGAAGCCCAAGAAUUUUCAUUUGUAACAAGUUCCCAGGAUAUAUUGAU